AAACGACCUAGUUGGGCGCUCUAUUCCGUGACUGAGGUGGGGGAGGGGGAGUAACGGGACGCAAAAAGCUGCCCCAGGGGCUGCCGGGAAGAAGCGCUCGUGGAAGCGAACAGCGGGCGGCCCUCAGUCGACUUCCACUUCCGUUAACUGCAUUUCUCCCCGCCCACUCCUACGGUCGUGUCUGAUUGGCUAGGCUACGGCACGUUCGCGCUGCCAUUGGCUCGGAGGCAGCCGGGGUUGGGCGGCGGGAGACUCUUACCUCCCCUGGUCCCUCCUGGACCACCAUUGUGAGCGGCAGUUGCGGUUCGGAUCGGUUGCACCCAGAGCAGCUCCCGGCGUAGCCAGUAAAUGACCUUCGACAUAACUAUUUGCAAAACAAAUGGGGAAGAACAUUCAAGAUAAAACAUAAUUUAUAUCACAGGAAAGUUCUUGAAAAAUGAAGCAUCUGAAUGAAGGACUAAUUAUGCUGAAUUCAGCUUUUAUGAAUCUUAUCUGCAGAUAUGUGCAGGACACGUCCUAAGAUUGACUUCUGCCUCAACAGAAAUUGCAUGAGCAGUACCUUAUUGGAAACGAUUUGCGUGUUUUAAGAACUGGUGUAUCUAGGAUAUGAAAGAUGGCAAGUCCAGAUAAAAGUAAACGGAAGAUAUUAAAAGCCAAAAAAACAAUGCCUACAAGUUGCCGGAAGCAAGCCGAGAUGCUGAAUAAAUCAAAGAAUGUUGAAGCACUGAAAAUAACAGCAAUUGGGAGUAAUGUUCCAAAUAAUAAUCAGAAUUUAAGUGCUGGUGUCAUAACUAGCAAAUGUAGACAUUCUGAAAACAUUGCUUCUUCAUUGGACUCUAACAAAAAUUUAGUAUUCCUACAGAAAAGUAAAGCAUUCCCUCAGAAUUUAAUAAAACCAGUAGAAGAAAUGGUUAAUUCAGAAACAAGAUUGGAAUAUGUUGCCAAACAAGUUGUGUGUCCAAGUAAAAUAAUAGAUUCUCCCAGUAAACUCUUUAUACAAGAGGCAAAAGUUUCACAAAACACUUCUGAAAAUCAUUUUGAAUAUCAGGCAAAUGUAACAAGAUCCUUUUUUGAACAUGAAGGGGCUUAUAAUCUAAAUUCCAUUUGCUCUCAACCUAGUAUAUUAAGUGAUAUAAUUCAAAUGCUAAAGUCUACAGGAACCAAUACCUUGGAUGAUAAGAAAAUUGACAAGAUGGCUUCUCAUUUAGAAACAAAUUCCAAUUCAGAGUCACACGAUAAAAGGCAAAGUGAUAUUUUAAGUUCAGACUCAAAUUUUAUGUCUGGCGAGAAAACACCUAUCUUGGUGAAUUUGAUUAAUUCCAACAACUGUGCUGCUGAUGUUUUGAAAAAUGAAGACUCUAGUAGAACCUGUCAUUCUAGCAUUUCAAAUUGUGAAAGUACAGACCUGAAGAGGCAGUUAACACCUGAUGCUGAUAACAGCCAUUAUCAAAAGAAGAGGAUGUUUUCAGAAAACAAAGAAAAUGUUAAGCGUAUGAAAACCUCAGAGCAAAUUAAUGAAAAUAUUUCUGUAGCUCUGGAAAGGCAAACAGCAUUGCUGGAACAGGUCAGACAUUUGAUUCGACAGGAGAUCUGUAGUAUAAAUUAUAAAUUAUUUGAUAAUAAACUGAAAGAAUUGAAGGAACGCAUUGGGAAUACACAGUGCAGGAAUAAACAUGAAGCAAUAGCUGAUGAACUCUUCGCAAAAAUAGCAAAACUUCAAAGACGUAUUAAAACAGUAAUAUUAUCUCAAAGGAAUUGUUUGAAACCAAACAUGUUAUCCAGUAAUACAACCUGUGAGGUUGUAAAUUCAGAAACCGUGAUUUUGAAUAAGAAUCCAGAGUCAGUUAACAUUGCAGUUGAAAGAAUGACUUCUGUGAACUCUGAACCUUCAGAAAAAGCAAGUGAAAAGAUUAAUUUGUCACUGGAUCGUGAUGAGUCUGUUUCUGAAAGUAACAAUGAUGAUGUUAUGUUGAUUUCUGUGGAAAGUCCUAAUUUGACAACUUCAAUUACAUCAGAUCCAACAGAUAUUAGAAAAAUUAUGUCAGGAAAUUCCAGCGAUCCACCUAAUGCUGAAACUGAAGUUACGGCUGUACAGAAGAAACUUGUUUCUGUAAUUGAUUUGACAAGAGAAGGCCUAUCUAACUAUAACACAGAACAUCCAGUAUCCACCCUGGAAUCACCUUCAAAAGCUGUUUUAAACUCAAAAGAAACAACCCUAGCCACACAAAAUGCAGCCCAGGUUCUUGAGUCCUUUGAGCACCUGCCACCUCUCCCAGAACCACCACCACUACUACCUGAACUGGUGGACAAAAUCCGAGACACACUUCCUCCCCAGAAGCCUGAGCUCAAAGUGAAACGGGUUUUGAGACCCAGGGGCAUUGCCCUGACUUGGAACAUCACCAAAAUCAAUCCCAAGUGUGCUCCUGUGGAAAGCUACCACCUCUUCCUGUGUCAUGAGAUCCCUAAUAAUAAGCUGAUUUGGAAGAAAAUCGGAGAAAUUAAAGCUUUACCACUCCCGAUGGCAUGUACUUUAUCUCAAUUUUUAGCUUCCAACAAAUACUAUUUUACUGUCCAAUCAAAAGACAUUUUUGGGCGAUAUGGACCAUUUUGUGAUAUAAAAUGUAUCCCUGGGUUUUCUGAAAAUCUUACCUAAAGUCUUUAAUAAUUACAUAUUAUACUACAUGUUUUGUUUUUUUUAUAUUGGAGUCAUUUGUUUACAAUAUUAUACUAAGA